CCCCCUUGGCAGUUCACAUGGCCCUGCAGCAGGGUGCCUAAUGGCCUCCAGGGCUCUCCAUGAGAGAAGAGGAUCUUUCAAAGUGAAGGACAGACACUUGAAUGAGAGCAGAGCAUGGCCGCGGACAAAGCUGAAGGCAUGGACGGCAGGGUGGCAGCCAUUAAACAAGAGGACUGUGACUGGAGGGCACCAGCAUCCAUAGUGUUGGAGGAAGGCCCGAGGCGAAUUUCCGGUUUCGGGGACAAGAUCCCCGAGGAGCAGGUUAUCGUUGAGAUUAAAGUGGAGGAUUCCGAGGAGUUCUCGGUCAGGCUUGGACUGCAAACCAGCGAACGGGGGGCAGUCCAUGAAGACGGCCAUUCCAGCUCACAGCCCUGGUUCGCUAGUGCGGGACAAAUGGGGGCCCAGCAGAAUUGUUGGGAAAUGAAACCGGAGAUAUGCGAGAUUGACGUGGAAAUAACAGAAGAAAACGGGAGAGAGGGAGACGAGCAGCCAUCGUCCAGGAGAGUGAGGAAGAAUUUCCAGGAGAAUGGCGGCUUCUCCACAUCUUCAUUUGCUCCGACCUUUCUUCAGCACAAUGAGAAGAGGGUAAAGUCGACGAGAAGAUUAGACACUUUCAGCCCGGCGUCUCUCCAGUGCCGUUCCCUUCCCUCCAUCGUCCCUGAUCAACUGCGAGAACACAAGUAUGUCAAAGUUCAAGCCGGAGAGAAGCCUUCCUGUUGUUCGGAAUGUGGCAAACCGCUUCAUACUCAUACAGGCAUUCACGGGGGAGAGAAGCCGCAUGGCUGUUCUGAAUGUGGCAAACGAUUCUCUCAAGUCAGCCCACUUCAGGGCCACAUGAGCAUCCACCUUGGAGCAAAAUGUGGCAAACGCUUCCUCGAUGGUGGCUCUCUUCAGCGCCUCACGCAAAGUCACGCUGGUGAGAAGCCCUAUUGUGGUAGUAAAGGCGGGAAACCCACCUUAGAAAUCAGUGGGGCCGCUUUUUGUGAUGACGAGGAUGAUGAUGACGACGAUGACUAUUUUGAUGAUGAAGUGGAGGACAAAACGUGGGCACCAGGGGGAGAUGACUUAGAGACUUCAGAGGAGGAGGCGGCGCAGCAACAUUUUGCCAAAAAAAUCAAAAGUAUCCCGACUGAGGACCCCUUUGGAAUUGCCCGGUCGCAGCUCCGAACUUCAUGCCGGUGCGUCCCACCCUCGGGGUGUUGCCAGUACAGCAUCCCAAACAGUUCGUGGUGGCCGGCGGGCUUCUCCGGUGUGGGCCUUUUUUUAUGUCUCUGCAAGCGAUGA